AUGUCCUUCGAUUUGGAGAAAAAGAUAACCACUGCCCAUAUACCUCGGGCCAGUGGUUCGACUAUUUUAGCCUCAGACACCUUGAAUGUCGUCUACAACAAGUACAAGUCAACGGCUGCAAUUCCUACAGAUGCCAUCAGAUACAACUUGAUUUUCUCCCAUGGAACAGGAAUGAACAAGUCGAUCUGGCACUAUCACAUCAAAAGCUUGUUUGAGUGGUCGCAGAAGAGCAACGGAAAAAUCUACAUCGACUCCGUCAUUGCCAUCGAUGCUGCUGGCCAUGGUGAUUCAGGAGUUAUCAACAGGAAUAAGCUCGGCUGGAUUUUCAGAUGGGACGAAGGAGGCAAAGACAUUAUUGAAGUGGUCAGAAACGAACACAGAACUACGGGGGAUUUCCAAAAUAACUUCAAGUCAAGAAACAUCCUCAUUGGACAUUCCAUGGGAGGCUUUCUGUCAUUGUUGGCUGCUUUCUAUGAGCCGGACUUGUUCGAUGCAACUGUGCCAAUAGAACCUGUCGUUUAUCUUGACUCCAGAUCAACUCGUAAAUUUUCUCAGAGAUUUCUGAUCAUAGGCAAGAUGAUCAUCAAUGAAUUCGACACGAAACAGGCAUUUGAAGAUUUCUUCAAGGUGCACUCGUUUUACAAGAACAUAGACCCCAAGGUAAUGGACGACUUCUUGAAUGAUGAAUUAUUGGAAGUGAUCGACCCUAAAACCAAAGACGUCAAGUACCGCAUCAAGUCAAGUUCUCAAGCCCAGAUGGCAGGAUAUGUAUCUUCUGCUUUGGUGUUGCCUCUAGGCAUGGAUAUUUACAAACACAUCAGAGUCCCCAUUGCCCAUGUCAUUGGUAAGAACGCUAAAUGGAACCCUCCCGAAUCCACUGAAUUUUUCAGAGGCAGUGUAAAUCCAGAUUUUUUAGCAGCUACAUACGAUAUUGAAGGAGGUGAACAUUUGGUCAAUGCGGAAAAGCCAGACGAUUUACUCGAGGUUCUCAAAGAUUUCAUCUUGAAGAGAAAAGUUGAGUUCAAAAGUACUGCUGCGCAACUUCCAGAGCAAAAAGCAGAGGGUUUGAGACAAAAGGUAUUUGAAUCUGAGAUCCCCAAGUUGCUUAAUGGUGAUUUAGGCACAUUGUACGGAAUACAACACACCGCCUUGGCCAAAGCUUCCAAGUUGUAA